AGGGGCCCAGGGAGCGCGGGGCGCCGCCGCUGCUCCUCCGCUCAGUUCCGUCUCCAGGGCAGCGCCGGGGCUGGCGGCCACAGCGGCAGAGCUGCGGGAGCCGGGAGCCGCGCUCCACCGAGAGUUGGGCAGAGGAGCGCCCGCGCCUCACCGGCGUAAUGGGCCCCCUCCCCGGGCCUCAGCGAGCACCAUCGGCGGGUACCCCCGGGCCUCCUCGCGGCCAAGCCUGAGCGAGCGACCCUCGGGCUCCCCGCCGCACCUUUCCUCCUCCCUUUUUUUCCUGCUGUCGCCGCUGCCGCCGUCACCGCUUCAGCUCUCCGUUAUGGCAACGGAGCCGCCAUCCCCCCUCCGGCUCGAGGCCCCGGGUUCCCCCGAAAUGAAGAUCCCGCCGGCGAGCGAGGCCGUCCCCGAGGGCACCCCGCAGCCGGCGGGCGGCAGGCUCCGCUUCCUCAACGGCUGCGUUCCCCUGUCGCAUCAGGUGGCCGGGCACAUGUACGGGAAGGACAAAGUGGGUAUAUUGCAACAUCCAGAUGGCACAGUUUUGAAACAGUUACAGCCACCUCCAAGGGGUCCAAGAGAGCUGGAAUUCUAUAAUAUGGUUUAUGCUGCUGAUUGUAGUGACAGUGUUCUUUUAGAGCUACGAAAAUAUUUGCCAACAUACUAUGGCAUCUGGUCACCUCCCACUGCACCAAAUGAUUUAUACCUAAAACUGGAAGAUGUGACCCAUAAAUUUAAAAAGCCCUGUAUAAUGGAUGUAAAAAUAGGGCGUAAAAGCUAUGAUCCUUAUGCCUCAUCAGAGAAGAUUCAGCAACAAGUCAGCAAGUACCCAUUAAUGGAAGAGAUUGGGUUCUUGGUGCUUGGCAUGAGGGUUUAUCAUGUUCAUUCUGAUAGCUAUGAGACACAAAACCAGCACUAUGGACGAGGCUUAACAAAAGAAACUAUAAAGGAUGGAGUCUCCAGGUUUUUUCAUAAUGGUUUCUGCUUAAGAAAAGAUGCUAUUGCUGCCAGUAUUCAGAACAUUGAGAAAAUUCUGCAGUGGUUUGAAAGCCAGAAGCAGCUUAACUUUUACGCAAGUUCAUUACUGUUUGUUUAUGAAGGUUCAUCUCAGCCAACCACUACAAAAUCGAAUGACAGAACUUUAGCAGAAAAGUUUUUGUCCAAAGGACAGCUGUCGGAUACGGAAGUACUGGAGUACAAUAAUAACUUCCAUGUGUUAAGUUCUACAAUGAAUGGAAAAAUAGAGGCUUCAGUAGGCAAAAGCUUGUCUAAGAUGUAUGCUCGUCACAGAAAAAUGUAUUCAAAAAAGCAUCACAGUCAGACUUCAUUGAAAGUUGAAAAUAUGGAGCAAGACAAUGGGUGGAAAAGCAUGUCACAGGAACGUUUAAAUGGAAAUGUACUUUCCAAACUGGAAAAAGUUUUUUACCACCUUCCCACCAGUUGCCAAGAGGUUGCAGAAGUAGAAGUGCGAAUGAUAGAUUUUGCUCAUGUGUUCCCUAGCAACACAAAAGAUGAGGGAUAUGUUUAUGGGCUUAAGCAUUUAAUUACUGUAUUGCGAAGUAUUUUAGACAAUUGAAUCCUUUGCUGCAGUCUUUUUAAAGGGUGGGCCAGUCAUAAUUGAGAGCAGCAGUCAUAUCCCUGCACUUGUAAUACUAUGUAAAAAAUUUGUAUUGUGAGUCUACAUUUUAUUUGUCUUUAUACUUUUGGUAGAGGGGUUAACUUUUUUAUAAUCUUACUCAGGAAAACUAUUUUGUUCAUUAGAAAACUAUGAAGAAUAAAGAAACUUAGGAAUGUUAAGCAGGGAAUGUGGUGGUACAUGGCUUAAACAUCUAUUUGGCUCAAGCAAAAUGCAAACCAUUUUUCAGUCAUUAAGAGUUUAGUUAGCUUUCUGUAGCCGAUUUAUCAUAAAAUCUCUGUCCACCCAACCUUGACAAUGAGCCAUAUCUAAACUAUUAAAUUAUUAGAACACCUACAGAACUCUAGAAAGCACAGGUUGAUGUCGUCAGUAUUGCUAUGUAUGAAGUUAUUAAAACUGGAGAAAAUUCUACUUAGAAAAAGUGUUGUUUAGGUUCUCUGUUAAAAGUUCAGACCAGCAUAUCAAAAGGUGCUUCUUAGUGAAAUUAUUUAGAAUUGUUGCAUUCCAAAAGCAGGUUUUCCCUUUAAUUUCUAUUUAUACAUCUGUAAAUUUCAAAAAUAUUAUACUUCAUGAAAAAGAUAAUUGAAAUGAACAACACCAACAACAAAUGCUUGCCAGGGUGAGGAGAAGAUAGAAGUUAUUUGCAAAGAACGUAAUAUUUUUCUUUUAAAAAUCUUUCAUUUAUGGGAAAAUUGGAGUAUAGAUUUAUGAAGUUGUGAAAAGUGUCAUUGAAAGGUAUAGUACCUUUUACUCUAACUGCAGCUUCAAAAAGAUGGGUGGUUGAAGCUUUGUCUUAUUUCUCCUUUAAAUAACUUUUGAAAGGUUUUUUUUUCUCUUAAAAUUCAUAUUUUUAUGUUUCCAUUUAGUUAAGCAGUAGUAUAAACAUAUGUUGCUAAAAAUAUUGUUUCUUAGAAUUCUGAUAAGCAGUGAAGGACAACAUCAAUAGUGUAAGUGUUAUCAAAAGUACUAUCUUUUAUGAGUUAAUCAGUCCAUUAUAUAGGGUUUGGUUCACGUCUAAAUCCAUGCUUCCCAUCCACUCUUACUCAAAAUGGUUUUAUAUCACAUUCAACAGAGAAAUCUAUUAUAAUCUGAUUUCAUGGGGGGCAUUGCUACUUUUCUUGGAAAAAUCAGAUUUUUAAGUAUUAUUUGUGUUUCACACGCACCACCUUUUUAAAAAUAAUAGUCGUCAUUAAAAAUAUUUAAAACUUUGAAAUUAAAUUUGCAAAUAUAUUUGAUAUUUAUGUUUUCACUUCUUGCAUUUUGAUUCAUUUAAUAACACUUCUAAAUGUUGAAGAAUUUUGCCAUAUUCCUGGAAAAUGUUUUGGAGUUGUGAAUUGCUUGAAUAUUCCCAUCCCCCAAUAAUUACAAAUUAAGCUUUUAAAUCCAAAUGCCUGUUUUGUGGUGUGGAGGAAAGUAUCCCAAUUUUAUGUUUAUCUCAUCUUCCCACUUCUCUCUGAGGGCACUUUGCAAAUACCUGAGUCCAAACAGCGGUACCAAAUGCUCUGUAAAUUCUAUUUUUGGUAAAUCUAUUAAAUCUGAAUAAUUUUAAAAUUCAUAUACAGUUCCUUACAGCCAAAUUUGAUGGUAUUUUCCAUAGAGAAUGCAACAUUUUUCUCUACUACCUAAAUGGGCACUGGCUGUAGCUUUUUUGUGGAGAUGAAUUUCAAAACAUAAUAUAGUCAUAAAAUUUUUAUUUUUACUUUUUUUCUUCUACAAUAUGGACUUCUGUUGUUGUUAUUUGGAAAGUUGUUCAAUAAAUCUUAAACUCAUAUAAUUAAACACCAUUUUGAAUCUCACUUAAGACAAGAGGCUUUUUUUUGUAUGGGAAGGCAUCAGCCUAUGUACAGUGAAUUUAAUAAACCUAAGUAUUAUCAGAUUUUUUGCACAUUGUAGCUCAAUAAAGUCUGAAUCAGCUGUUCCAGAUUUUCUUUAUCCAUGUUUAGAAAUGUAAGUUUGUAAAAUCAGUGUCUUACCUUUUUGAUACAAUAGAUUGUGGCAUUUUUUGUCAGUUUUUUUUAAUACAACAAGGAGCGCUUUUCUUUUUUUAUUUUUCAGGGAAGGGAUUAACAUUUAAUUCUGUUUGUUUACAUUUUACAUUACUGUUAUCCAAGACCCAUUUUAUGUUAGUUUAUAAGUAAGGUUAUAUGUAACAGAAUAAGUAUUUAUGUGAUUGACAUGACUAUUUUACUGUCUAGUUCAGUCAUUUAAGAUUAUGCUGAAAUUACCACUAUGGGGAUGAAUAAUCACUAUUCACCAAGCAUAUUUGAAUAUGUAACUGUUUAAGAAAUAAGCAUAGUAACUCCUGGGUUAAUAAGAUUAUCAUAGUUUUUUGUUUUCCCCUAGGAAACAUAAUUAUUUCAGAGUAUUUCUUAUGGAAUACACUCAUAAAAAGGACUUUGAGGAAUUGUGGAUAGUGAAUAAUACAUUUCUCUAAUAAAAAUUUAAAUUGUGUAAUAGUUUUAUAAUAAAGUAUUUACAUUAAUACUUUAAUAUGGAUGGAAAUUGUUGCAUAGAUUCAAAAUGAAUUAAAAAAUCAAUGGUAAAAUGGUAAAUAUUUUAUCCAGGUAGUUUUUUAAAAAACAGUUAUGAAAAUGUGUAUUAAAUGGCUCUGUCAUGGAGCUUGUGGUAUUUUCAACUCAGUAUUCAUUCUUCUUUGUGUGUCUGGAAAGACUGUACUUACUAUGCCUCUUUACACUACAGUUUGCUCUUGUGUUCAACCGAGUAAGAACUUUUUUCUUAAUUUUGAUUGGAUAUAAUUUCAUAUUUUAUGAUUUUCCAAUAUGUUCUUCAUAGCAUCUCUAAAAAGUAUAUAUCAAGUUUAUAACAUAAGAACAGGAAUUAAUUUCUAGAGAUAUUUAAGUUGUAAUUUCAUUGCUUCGUGCAACUGAAAAAACAUUUGUUUCUAGUAAUUGGAAUGUUUUAGAAAAUUUAGGAUGAAAGGAAAUGGUAAAACAAUGAAAGAAUUUUAUUUGUGCAAUUACAGAAAUUGUGUCCAUUAUUUUAAUGUGCCAUUAUUUUAGUACCAUUUUCACUUCUCAGUUUGGCAUUUGUUACCUUAAAACUUAAUUUGCUUUAAAAAUUUGUAAUACUUUGUAAUAAUCUUUCUUAUCCGGUGCCUUCAACCCUGAUUUAAUGUAUUUGUAUCCUCGGUUAUCUUUUCUCUUACAUCCUGUAAUGUUGUUUUCAUAACCUAGGAGACAUCAGUUUCUUUUUAAAAAAAUUGUCAGUUUGGUCAUCUAAAGAGGUAGCAAUUGUAUAUUAAUGCUAUGGGAAGACAAGUAGGGUUGCCUCUGGAGGCUAGAUUUCUUAGGUUAUUCAGAAAUAUUUAUUGGAUAUCUACCAUGUGCCAGACAUUUUUAGGCCCUGGGUAUAAAGUUGUGAACCAAUCAGACAAAUCCCUGUCUUAUUUCCAGUAUUCUCUCUAAAUGGGAUGGGGGCUUAAUUAAAAGAGAUAUAGAGAGAUAGGCAUUUAAAGA